CACCACUCCCCUCCAUCGCCCGCGUCACCGCUGCCACUCUCUCUAACAUGGGUGGUUUUAGCUUCAAAAACUUCACAUUCCUUCUUAUUGUUGUUAUUCUUGUUUGGUGUUCCAAUAUUGAAAUUUCCAAUGCAAGAAGAGUAGGCAAGCAUUGGAGGCAAAGACGAAGCCAUUUCGCUUCUCUGUCAAAGAAGAAAGGGAAUAAUCACGGCAGUAACCACCACAAUGGUGGGGGAAAGUCAAAACAGAAAACUCCUAAACUACCACCACCACUACCGCCGUCACCAGCUCCGCCGACAAUGCCGCCGAAGAAAGGUCGAGACACUCCAGCUCCAGCAUCUUCCACUGUCUUCAAUGUGUUAGAUUUUGGAGCCAAGGGAGAUGGAAGAACAGAUGAUACUAAGGCAUUCCAAGAUGCAUGGACUGCUGCCUGUAAAGUAGAGGCAUCAACGGUGGACGUUCCAUCAGAAUAUGUAUUCUUGGUGGGACCCAUAUCAUUCUCUGGUCCAUAUUGUCAGCAUAACAUUGUUUUCCAGUUAGAUGGUACAAUUAUCGCUCCAAAAGCCUCGAAACAAUGGGGCUCGGGCCUUCUACAAUGGCUCCAAUUUUCAAAACUCGUCGGACUUACAAUCCAAGGAAGUGGCACAAUAGAUGGAAAUGGUGCAGUUUGGUGGCAAGAUUCCUCUUAUGAUGAUCCCUUAGAUGAUGAAUCAAAAUUAAUUGUACCAUUAAAUAGUACAUUGCCACAAAAUCAUCCAGUUCCUUUGAGAGGCUCGCUCGGUGGGAAUAUGCCAAGACUCAAACCGACGGCAUUGAGGUUCUACGGAAGCUUUAACGUAACCGUAACUGGCAUCAAUAUUCAGAACAGUCCUCAGUGUCACCUCAAGUUCGAUAAUUGCGUUGGAGUAUUGGUGUACGAUUUCAGCGUUUCUUCUCCGGGUGAUAGCCCGAACACAGACGGAAUUCACUUGCAGAACUCGAAAGAUGUGUUUAUUCGCAGUUCCAACCUUGCUUGUGGGGAUGACUGUAUAUCUAUACAAACUGGAUGCACAAAUGUUUACAUACAUAACGUUAACUGUGGACCAGGACACGGGAUCAGCAUCGGAGGAUUAGGAAAAGAUAACACCAAAGCGUGUGUUUCAAAUAUUACUGUCCGAGACAUCGUUAUGCAUAACACAACGAAUGGUGUUCGGAUAAAAACAUGGCAGGGCGGAUCAGGAUCAGUGCAAGGAGUGUUAUUUUCAAAUAUCCAAGUUUCUGAAGUAAAACUACCAAUCGUAAUCGAUCAAUACUAUUGCGAUAAAAGAAUAUGCACCAACCAAACUGCGUCAGUGGCAGUAUCUGGGAUCAACUACGAAAAUAUACGAGGAACGUAUACCGUAAAACCCGUUCAUUUUGCUUGCAGUGACAGCAUGCCAUGUACUGAUGUCACCCUUACAAACAUAAAACUGCAACCAUUGCAAGAACGCUACCAUAUGUAUGCUCCAUAUUGUUGGCAGACUUUUGGAGAGCUCUACACUCCUACAAUUCCUCCCAUUCAAUGUUUACAAAUUGGAAAGCCAUCCAACAAUAAGAUUCAUGGAGAUAGCGACAUAUGUUAAGUACACUGAAUUUAGUUGUUUAGUAGGCAGUAUUAGAUUUUAUUAAAAAGUACAACAUACUAGAGACUAGAGUACAAUUGAGUCCAGUUUAAGUUGCCUUACUAAACACGUAAAGUGUAUUUUGGUGUGUCUAUGUGUGGUCGGCAUGUAUGAGAUAGCAGCUGACCCCUUUUCACACCAUUAGCUAGAAGAAAUAUGAAUGAUUUUUACUAAUUUUAGAUUAUACAAAUUAUUGUUAUUAUGAUUAUCGUUCAUUGUGAUUACAUGAAUUUUGGUUUUGU